UUUGAGCAAUUGUUCAGUUAAAAGUUAGUGCAAAAAUAGGAGAAAUGAUUCGAUUAAGCUACAUUGUGCUCAUCGGUAUUGCACUGGUGUGCGUUCUGGCGGAAGAAUUUUACUCCGAUCAGUACGACAAUGUUGAUAUCUCACGUAUCCUUCAAAAUGACAAAUUGCGAGAAGAAUAUUACAAUUGUUACAUGGAAACGGGCCCAUGCCCGACAGAAGACGCGAAAUACUUUCAAGAGGUUCAGAGCGAAGUUAUGCAAACUAAUUGUAAAAAAUGUAAUGAAAGACAAAAAGAAAUGUAUGCUGAGACGACGAAGUGGUAUACACAAAAUCAACCUGAAAAAUGGGAAGCUCUUAUGGCAAAAUCUGUUGAGGAUAUGAAAAAGAAGAAUGCUGCUUUAAAAUUGCUGAAAUAAGAAGAGCACAGAAAGAAAUGUUAAUCAUACAAAGUUAUUGAAUGUUUGAUAUUUAGAAACAUCUCUUUAGACAACAUAGAAAUUUCAAGGUGUUAUAAUUAUUAGUGUAAUCCAUGCUUCUAUUGUAGU